AUGCCCACGGGCUACUCAGCGGCCGACGAGCCGCCGCGCACCCCGUCGCCGCCGCAGCCGCCGCCGUCGUCGUCGUCAUCGUCGUCAUCCUCAUCCUCGUCCGACUCCCCCCCUCCGGUCCGCCGGCCGCGCCGCCUCUCCUCCGCCGCCGUGCUGCGCACCCGCCCGUCCGGCACGCCCCGGACCCUCCUCCGGCGAGCGUCGAGCAAACUCCACGGCUGGACCCAGUGGCUCGCCCAGUCCUACCUCGCCCUGUCGCCGACCAGCCGCGUCCUCGCCCUCGCCGCCUGCCUCGCCGCCUGCGCCCUCGCCGCCCUCACCAUCGUCUACUCGCACCGCUUCUUCGGCUGGCUGACCCCCGUGGCCAAGUCGUGGCGCCACCUCCCCGGCGGCUGGCUCGUCGUCUUCGCCCUCGUCUUCGUCACCGCCUUCCCCCCCCUCGUCGGCUACUCGACCGCCAACACCAUCGCCGGCCUCGUCUACGGCUUCCCCCACGGCUGGCCCCUCGCCGCCCUGGCCUGCACCCUCGGCAGCCUCGCCGCCUUCCUCGCCAGCCGCACCGUCCUCAGCAGGUACGUCGACCGCCUCGUCGGCGCCGACCACCGCUUCGUCGCCCUCGGCCACGUCCUCCGCCGCGACGGCAUCCUCUACCUGACCGCCAUCCGCUUCUGCCCGCUGCCCUUCAGCCUGAGCAACGCCUUCCUGGCCACGAUCCCGAGCAUAACGCCGCUGUCCUUUGCCGUCUCCACGGCCCUGUCAACGCGAGUAGCCGCCGUCCCCCGUCCCCCUCCCAAACUCCUCAUCCACGUCUUCGUCGGCAGCCGCCUCGCCGUGCUCGCCGAACGGGGCGACCAAAUGACCGCCGCCGACAAGGCCAUCAACUACAUUGCCAUGGCCGUCGGCGGCGUCGUCGGCCUCGCCGUCGGCCUCGCAAUCUACCGCCGCACCAUGGCCCGCGCCGCCCAGCUCGCCCGCGACGACGGCCACGACAUUGGCCACGCCGAGCUCGGCGCCAGCCGCCCCUACGACGACUCCGAUGCCACGCUGCUGGGCGCCGACGACGAUGACGCCGCCAUCAUGCCGCCCGACGACGACGACCUGUCGCUCUGGGAGACGCAGCGGGACACCCGUGGCGGCGGUGGCGACGACGGCGCCAGUCGGAACGGGAAGUGA